AUGAUUUUCCAUGCUCGUUCAGCUGUCUCGGUCGCUGUUGAAGAAGCCAGCUGGGCUGGCGCGUUCAGUUGCGAACAUACUUUGGGCAACAGCAAGGAUUCAGGGCCAUGGUUCCUCCAGCUUGCAACAUUGUGGACAAGCUUGGCAAGUGCUGUCAAGACAACUGCAAAGGACAUGAACGAGCAAGAACUUGCCAACGUAAUUUGGGGAGUGGCGAAGCUUACUACCACUAAUCCUGAUUGUGAGGAGUUGUUGAGUGUGCUGCCUGCAUUGGCACGCAGGGUUCCAGCUGUCAUCUCAGGGAUGACAAGCCAGGCAGUUGCGAAUGUGAUGUGGGCUACCGGGCAGCUCUCGAUUAAAUCCGGCCAUGCUGCUAUGUUUCGCGGGUUGCCGAGAAGCUUUCUUUUGUGGUUUCCCGAGCUAUGGUACUUCUGCCUUCCGCCACACCGCAAGAACUUGCAAACUCUUGCUGGGGUCUCGCACUGA